AGUCAUACCGAAAUUGACCGGUCGGUGGACUACGAAUUCCCUUGCUUUUUGUGGACAAAGUCUGCUUCAAAUUUAGAGUUUUAACCCUCAAACAUGGGAAAAAUACCGUACGAUAUCCCAGACUGGAGUAAGUACAAGGUUGAAGAUGUUCCAGAACUCAAGGCGAUUCAAGAUAGGCUUGCCAGGAAGGGUUUGAGAGAUCCUUGGUUGAGGAAUGAAGUGUGGCGCUACCAGCAUUACAUGCGGGGAGCUCCGUGGUACACCAUCAUCUUCAAAGGCUUCAAAUGGGGCGCUGGUGCAUUCAUCAUAGCUGCAGGACUCGAGAGACUGCUAUCAAAGCCAGACAGCCACGGCCGUGAAGGCGGAGGUCACUGAUGGUGGAUGCUCAAGUUUUCAUGUACUGGUUUUACAGAGUUUCCUGGAGUAAAAGUUUAGUUAACUGUGAUUGAUAAAACAAGAGAAGGAUGCAUCUUAGUAAUGAAUUGCUACUCUGAAGGACGUUGGACAUCAGGAUAUCUUCAUGCAAGAAGACCAUCGGCCCAACUGGACUGUCGACACGAGAGUAUAGUGGAAACACGUUUUACAUACAUGGUAUACUUUCCAUGUGCAGAACUUUCAGCAUACCAGAAUGUUUAUUUACAUCAAACUAUCCAUAAUCCACUAAAAUUCAACAUCUGGUUAAUUUUUGCGCGUGUGAUAUCAUAAUCGAAGCCUAGUGUAACGAGUUUGUUGAAUUUUAGAGGAAUAAAACAAAUGUGUAAGUAUAAAGGUUAAUCAUAUAACACAUGUUGAUUCAAAACAAAAAGUUGUCUGAAUUAAAAUGGUGUGCUAACAUGUUCAGGCAAAUUUAUGGGCCUUUUCUGUCUAGUGGGCUCCAGUUUUAGCUGAUAUAUUGGCUCACCAUCUGAAAACAUUUAAGACGUUAAUGUACUUAUCUUCAAGUAAACUUGAAUCCUCAAUCGUGAUUGGUCAAUCCAUGGCAACAAACCGCACAACAUUAUCCCACGUAGUACGGUCCAUACUGCACUCGGCGUAUUAUGUUUUGUAAGAUGCGAGUGCCAUUCCCACUGCAUGCACAUGUAAUAGGCUAACCGCUGAAAAGUUCGUGUACGGCGUGUGUGUUAGAACUUUACUGCGAGUAAAGUUUGCAUGAAGAUGAAUUUGUUAUCCCACUCGCGCUCGUGGAACACGGAGAAUGUAGUGUGCGUCUUGCGUCCCACAUACCACUCGGUCUUUGGCCUGGUGGCGUGUGGGAGACAGACGCACUGCAUUAUUCCGUGUUCCACUCUCACUCAUGGGAUAAUUAAUAGUGAAAA